UCAAUAAAGUGACCAGCGCUGGAAACUUGUUCUGCAAAUUCUCACUGAAAAUCAACCCAUUGCAGCCGUUCGGGAUUCAUUGCGAGCUGUGCAUAUUCUAUCGUAACGAAACAAAUAAACGAUAGGUUGUUUUAAUGGUGCAUCAUACUGGAAGAGGAUGGGUGCCAACAUUUCCCAACUCGAGCGUGACAUCGGUUCGGACCAAUUCCCUCCGAACGAGCAUUACUUCGGGCUGGUCAAUUUCGGAAACACCUGCUACAGCAAUUCGGUCCUGCAGGCGCUCUACUUCUGCCGCCCGUUCCGGGAAAAGGUGCUAGAGUAUAAGGCGAAGAAUAGACGCACCAAGGAGACGCUUCUGUCGUGCCUGGCCGACCUGUUCUACAGCAUAGCGACGCAGAAGAAGAAGGUGGGAUCGAUCGCGCCGAAAAAGUUCAUCGCCCGGUUGCGCAAGGAGAAGGAGGAGUUCGAUAACUACAUGCAGCAGGAUGCCCACGAGUUCCUUAACUUUCUCAUCAAUCACAUCAACGAAAUCAUCCUGGCCGAGCGUAACCAGGCAAAGGCGGGCGGGACCGCCGGAAGCAAGGGAACCGCUGCCAACGGAACCGCCGGAGGGGGAAACGGAAUGAACCUGGGGCAGGACAACUCAAACAGCAACAACAACAACAACAACAAUACGGAACCAACAUGGGUGCACGAAAUCUUUCAGGGAAUUCUUACGAGUGAGACGCGCUGCCUCAACUGCGAAACGGUGAGCAGCAAGGACGAGAACUUCUUCGACCUCCAGGUGGACGUUGACCAGAAUACCAGCAUCACGCACUGCCUGCGGUGCUUCAGCAACACGGAGACGUUGUGUAGUGAUAACAAAUUCAAAUGUGAUAACUGCUGCAGCUACCAGGAAGCGCAGAAGCGAAUGCGCGUCAAGAAGCUGCCGAUGAUACUGGCCCUCCAUCUGAAGCGCUUCAAGUACAUGGAACAGUACAACCGGCACAUAAAAGUUUCCCAUCGGGUCGUGUUUCCGCUCGAGCUACGACUAUUCAAUACGUCCGACGAUGCGGUUAACCCGGAUCGACUGUACGACCUCAUGGCGGUGGUCAUACACUGCGGCUCGGGUCCAAACCGUGGCCAUUACAUAAGUAUUGUAAAAAGUCACGGCUUCUGGUUGCUGUUCGAUGACGACAUGGUUGAUAAAAUCGAAGCUUCCACCAUCGAAGACUUUUACGGACUGACAUCGGACAUCCAGAAAUCGUCGGAAACGGGCUACAUCCUAUUCUACCAGUCCCGGGACUGUGCGUAGGGACGAAGCGUUGGAUGCGUACGGUUGUUCGAUUCGAAAGUGAAAGUGAAGUGUGGAAUGGAAAUUCGUGGCUGUUGGGAGUCAAGAAGGGGAUUUUGAAUUGUUAAUUUAUUUAUUUGCCAGCGAAAGUGUUAUAUAAUACUGAAUUUAUAUAUUGAAGCUGUAUAAAGUCAACUUACGUAGGAUUACUUUAGUUCGUAUUUUUAGUUGCUUUGAUUUACCUACCACCGUUGGUUUUCGCUUGUUCUAGUGUCAGUUUCCCUAGGUUGACUUCUUUUCUUCUAAUUCGACCGGUAGGAGUUAUUGAAAUUGAAACCGUUAAGGUAUACUAAAAUUUAAAAUUCUCAUAGUUUCUACACAUUUGGUGAGUUAACAAAACACAUGUACUGAGAAAUCAAACGAGACAAUGAUGUGCCGUGUGGUACAUACGGAAAAAGUAAUACGUCCUCAAGAACAUGAAAUACUUGCCCAGGGAUUGGGUCUUAAGGAGCAUAGAAGUGAAUUUAAAACGCCUUCACACACUUCAUCACAUUAAAGACAAACUUCGUUAUAGACUUUAAUCGAAUGGAAAUCUUCUACCGUUCGCUUCACGAUUGAGUAUAAAGAAAGGUUUAAGUUUUACUUCCCGAGCGCUAGCAGGGAAACGAAGGAUACGUGUUCAAAGUUUGUUAGAAAAGGCGGUUGAUCUUCACCAUCAUUGUGAGCCGAGUUUGUUAGUGUGUGGAAAUCCAGGAUUACCAAAGGGGAGGAUUAACCCGGUUGUGUGACUAGAAAAUGUCCUACCAAGGACGGACACAGGAACGAUCGAUUAGAAAUCGAGUAGGCGGGAAAAAAUCACAGACUACUUAUAAACAGUUUUGUCAUCAACAAACUCCUCCUCCCCGACAAAGCAACACUGCUAGCUGUGUAGCUCCCGAGGGGAGGAGGUAACAUAACUUACUGAAGGGAAAAUAAAAAUCAGGGCAGAAAGUGAACUUGCAAACAGUAUCUUGCCACGGUCGAGCAGAGCGACAAUUUUGUAAAACAUUAGUCACCGGUAAGGGCCAAAUGCCGGAUACUGAAACUAAUAAAAUACGUGAAUAAC